AUGACCCGCUCAGAUGAAGCAGCAGCCUUCUUCCACGCUGUAUACUCGGCCGUCCAAGAGAUCCCUCACGGCAGAGUAACUACGUAUGGCCACAUUGCCAUGCUAGUCGGCACUCCCCAGCGUCCUCGCCAGGUGGGCAUCUGCCUAAAACAUCUCCCCUCCAAUACAGAUGAGCGGUUCAACCACGAAAACGUCCCAUGGCAAAGAGUCAUCAACGCAAAGGGCAUGAUUUCUCCAAGAUCUCAACCCCAAGGUGCUCGCACACAAGCCACAGCUCUCGAGGCUGAAGGGGUACAAGUAACAACAAGCGCACUAGGAGAGCUCUCUGUAGACUUUUCCGAGUACGGAUGGUUCCCAGAAACAUUACCAUCCGAGGAAAACGAAAACGAGCACAGCGAGUGA